UGGCGCUGGCAGAGUGGAGGAAGGGAAUAGUAUAUGUAAAUGAUCGUUUUUAAAGCAGCACCGUCACCUGAGGAUUGUGCCAAGUGCUCAGACACGGAUGCUUUUACAUUUCUUCUUAAAAGCUAUUGAAGCUGCAGUUUAAUUAGACCAACUAGUAGCUAGCUAGCUAGUAAUCUCGUCCUGUUGCUUAUUGUGAGCCUUCCCUCAGCGAGUGAGACAGAGCGCCUCGUUGCCGCCCCCACCUGGCCAUGUUGUGUAUGUACGCUGUGCUGCUGGUCUUGGCUCUCCCGGCCCUCUCCUCCUCUUCUGCAGACUCCGAGACACACAGACACAGACAUGACUCUAACCUGGAGAUCUACAAGCGUCUGUUUGAGACAAAGAGGAAAGACCAGCUGAACGCCUUGAAGAACCUAGUGGAGCUUAAUGACAUCAACCAGCAGUACAAGAUCAUUGACAUCAUGCUGAAGGGACUGUUCAAGGUGCUGGAAGACUCCAGGGCAGUUCUCACGGCAGCCAACUUGCAGCCUGAUGACCCCUUCCCCCUGGAUGAUAAAAUCAAGGAAGCGUACUCCCACGUGGUGGAGAACACGGCGUUCUUCGGGGACGUGGCGCUGCGCUUUCCCCGCAUCGUGCACCACUACUACGACCGCAACGCCGACUGGGGGGGGCUGCUGCGCUGGGGGCUGCGCUUCUGCAACCAGACGGGCGUCUUCGCCGGGGGAGCCCACCAGCAUGUCCUCACACUGAUGUCCCAGGAGUUAGGAAUAACGGAGAAAUCCCCGGACUUCAUCAACCCUUAUCGCACCGAGAGAGAUGACGUGCUGCACACCGCGGAAGCGUUUCAGAAAGUCCUGAGGGAAGAGGAGAAGAGAAGGAGGAAAGAGGAGAAGAGGAAAGAGAUCAGGAAAGGCCCGCGCAUCUCUCGCUCCCGCACCGAGCUAUAGCACCCCCACCCUGGGAGUGACCGUGGGGGGUGGGUUAUGAAGGAUGGAGAAGGACAGAGGGAGUUAGAGGAUGAGAGGGAGGGGUGGCAUCAGCAUUCAGGAUGUUCAGGAUGUUCGAGCUGCAGGCAGGAAGGAACAGCCGGUAGGAGUAUCACAGGAGCCCUGUGGUUCAUAGGAGUUUGUAGGGAUUUGUGAUAAUAUUUAUGUGUAUGUGUGGGUGGGAUGAAAUACGGAGAAUUUAAAUAAAUCAGAGAGAGUAAAAUAGAACUAUUUUGUAUUUUGUGGUAGACACAAGAUAAAGGUGUUGAAUGUGUGUAGAAGCAGGGUGUGUAAAAAAUGAGAAGAGAGGGGGAAAUGGGGAAGUUUUUGAUUACAUGGGAGUGCACUUCUCUUGCUUUUAAGAACAAACUCAAAAGCAAUUAUCUGCUUUGUUGUCAAAUUGUAACUAGACUUAACAUUUUUGUUCAUGAUAAGGGUACAAUGUUUCUGAUACAUUUUAGUCUUAAUUGUACAACAACUGUAAAUAUGGAGGAUGGUUAAUUUAGCCCAGCUUAUAUGAAGUUGUCAUGCACACUUUGGUGAUUAUGUUGUUUUUUUUUUGUCUCUUUAAACUUUUGAAAUGUGUUCCUUUCAUGCUCAUGAUAUCUGGUCACAUCAGAAACUGUUCUGAAGUAAUCACAUUUUCAUAUUAUGCUGUUUUAAUCUGUACUUGUGUGUCUCCGUUCUGGCUACAUUCCAAACAGCUGUCUCAGCACCUUCACCUUUGAGCAGUACUGAUCUCUGAUCAGUUCUCAGCCAGCAAGCCUUUGAUGUAGUGUUUGGUUCUCACUAGAUGAGCACUGAUCCAAGGUGAACGUUCUUCACGAGUAAGGAGUGAGGGAAGCGGUUAUGAAUGCAAAUUGAGCUAAGACGUGCAAUGGUACUGCUCCUUGCUGCCACGUGGUGGCGCUUUUUGUCAGCUUUUUUUCCUGCAGUCCUGAAUAUUAUCAUUAUCAUCAUAAGAUUUUUAAAUGUCCAAAACGGUUUUACAUAUGAUCAGCAACAAUGCACAAUCAUGAAUACUGUAUAUACUUGUACAGCUCAAUUACUGCUGCAUAUUAAAUGUGAAUAACCUAUCCUUUAUAAUCCUAUUUACUUGGGAUGGAACUAAAUCAAAAUAUGAACCCACCUGCUCCACACUAAAUAUACACCUGGUGCUUCGUUACUCACAGUUUCAUGUUUAACAGGUAGAAG